AUGCUCUUUGAGAUCGUCUACGAGGGCAAUGAGUCAGUUGGCUCCUCGAUGCAGCAGCUGCGCGGCUCAACCACCGCCGUCCUCGUCGGCAUGAUGAAUAGCGACUGCACUCAUAUGUUGUUCAGCGAUCCAGACGACAUGCCGCCGUAUACCACCUCAGGAGUUGCGCUGUCCGUCAUGGCCAACCGCGUUUCGUACUUGUUUGAUUGGAGGGGCCUGUCUUUGGUCAUCGAUACCGCCUGUUCGUCAAGCAUUUAUUGGCGAGGCUCAGUUGGCAAGGCUCAGACGGCCACCGUAGCUGGGACGAAUCCUAUACUGGGGCCUGAGAUCUUCAUCGCCGAAUCCAAGGCACGUCGGGGCAGAUAUGACACAUUGGAUUAUAUUACCUUUUGCCAGGGUAUCGCCGAUAACGACCACAUGAGAUGCAUCAUCCGCGAGACUGGUGUAAACCAGGAUAGUCGAACUUCAGUGCCCAGUACAGAAGCACAGGCGACCCUAGUCAAGGCUACGUACGCUAAAUGCGGCUUAGACUAG